AUGAACGAAGCUCGCGAAUGGUUCGCCCGCGCCAUCAACGUCGACUCUGACAACGGCGAUGCCUUUGCCGCGUGGUACAAGUUUGAGCUGACCCACGGGACUACGGAAGAGCAAGAGCGCGUCGUCAAGAAGUGCCUGGCCGCCGAGCCGCGCCACGGCGAAAUGUGGGCCCAGCUGAGCAAGGACGUGCAAAACUGGAAGAAGCGCACCGAGGACAUUCUGACGGUGCUCGCCAACCAGAUCUCGAUCCCCACC